UGGCCCCCAGAUAGCAGGCCAGGUCAGCUGGGAGGCGCCUUGGCUGCUGCUUUAAGCAAACAGCCAGGGCCAGGGUCCCUGCCCCAGCUCCACCGACGACGGGGGUGGAAGGAGGAUGGAGUUCCUGGAGGAGCCCCACAGAGCCACCUGAGGGCUGGUGUCCUGGUGGGGCUGUGCGGGGGCUGCUGGGGGAGCCAGCAGUGUGGGGCACUGCUCCCGGGGACCUGGAGGACUGCCCCUGCCGGCACACCUGAGGAACUGGGACUUUACCAAGCAGAUGUGACUCCCCCCACUGGCUGGAUGCUCCAAGCAUGGCCGACACCAUCUUUGGCAGCGGGAGCGACCAGUGGGUCUGCCCCAAUGAUCGGCAGCUUGCCCUGCGAGCCAAGCUGCAGACGGGCUGGUCCGUGCACACCUACCAGACAGAGAAGCAGAGGAAGAGCCAGUGCCUCAGCCCGGCCGAGGUGGAGGCCAUCCUGCAGGUCAUCCAGAGGGCCGAGCAGCUCGAUGUCAUGGAGCAGCAGAGGAUCGGGCGGCUGGUGGAGCGGCUGGACACCAUGAGGCGCAACGUGAUGGGGAACGGCCUCUCCCAGUGUCUGCUCUGUGGGGAGGUGCCAGGCUUCCUGGGCGGCUCGUCGGUGUUCUGCAAGGACUGCAGGAAGAAAGUCUGCACCAAAUGUGGGAUCGAGGCCUCCCCUGGCCAGAAGCGGCCCCUGUGGCUGUGUAAGAUCUGCAGUGAGCAGAGAGAGGUCUGGAAGAGGUCGGGGGCCUGGUUCUACAAAGGGCUGCCCAAGUACAUCCUGCCCCUGAAGACCCCCGGCCGGGCCGAUGACCCCCACUUACGACCUUUGCCUGUGGAGCCGGCGGAGCAAGAGCCCAGAAGCACGGAGACCAGUCGAGUCUACACGUGGGCCCGUGGGAGAGUGGUUUCCAGUGACAGUGACAGCGACUCGGACCUCAGCUCCUCCAGCCUGGAGGAGAGACUCCCGCCCACCGGGGACAGAGACCUGAAAGGCGACAAGUCCUGCAGGGAGUCCGGUGGCAGCAUGGAGUCCCCCAAGGUGGAGCUCACCCGCCCACCCAGCCACCUGUCAGGGAGCCAGAGCAGCCUGGCCAGCGAGACUGGGACCAGCUCUGGGGACCCACAGAGGGGCACCCCUCCCUGGCCCGACCCAAAGGGCCCCGGCAAAAGGCACACCCGGACCAGCCCCCGCUGUUGACUGGCCUCCGGUGUCCGCCCUGGGCAGAGGCCGGUCUGGUGCGUGGAGCGCGCUUUGCAGGUGGAAGAGGUUGAGCGAGAAAGAGCGCGUGCACGCCAGAGCCACACUCUUCCUGGUCCCUUCCGGACCAGUCCAGGAGGCCUCCCACCCAACCCCGUGGGACGUGACCCCGAGUCAACAAACCAGUGGGCUAAGUCCGCUGCCCCCACUCAGUGCCUUUCUGCGCCGCUUCUCUCCCGCGAGUCCUUCUCACCGCCCACCCAGCCACUCCACUCAGCCAUAACCUUUAUUUAUUGUCCUCCCCAGACUCUUCCUCAGUCUCACCCCCCCCCACCCCGCCCCAUGUGUAUUUCAAGUUGGCCCUGGUCUUGGGCUGGAAGGGCCUUCAGACCCCCUUGGCAGUCCCCCCACGUGCACUGCGGUUUCAGAGGGCUCUGUGCGGGCUUUCUCUGUGUUUGUGCUAAAAUGAAAGAAGCAGCCCAGUCCUGAGCAUUACCCUUCAAAGCUGAGCUGGGCCCCUGGAGAGAGCGGUGGAGCCCAGAGCAGGUGGGAGGAGACUCUCCGCCCUUUCCCUCUGCCUGUAGCUCGGGGAGCUGAGAGCAGCACCCUCCCCUCCCUCCCUCCCUCCCCUUGGCCCAGGAGCCUUGGUGGGAACCUGGCUUUCUGUCCUUUCUUCGAGCCCCUCCCUCCGCCUCCCUGCUUGUCUCCACCUCUCCCCUGCCUGUGGAGCUGAGCAGGGCUCUGGUGAAGACUGAAUUCGCUCACUGGAGAGCAGCCGUGGGCCCAGUCCCAGCUGGGGCCCGAAGGCUCCCCUACGCCAUUAAUUCACUUCUCCUCAGUGGGUUCAGUUUGGCAUGAAAAAUACGUAAUUCAGAGCAUAGGCAAAUGCUCCUGGAAAACCCUUCCCUGAAGAGAGAGUAAAUGUGUGUUUCUGCGUGUGGUUGUCCGGACCCACCCAUCCUUCCUCUCCGCCCUCGGUGUCCCCCACGCCCAGUCCUCCAGGCCCUCAGGCCCCCGCCGUUGGCUUUUGCACCAUUGCUACCAGCAGAUGGUAAAAAAAAAAAAAAAAAAAAAAAAAAA